AUGGAAGGGCUUCAGCCCAAGACAGGGGAGAGGAACAGGCAGAGAGCUGCUGUGUCCAACUUACAGCAUCUGCUGCACUUUGAGAAAUUGGGCUGCACAAGGGACUCUUGUCCUGUAGGAGGCAAGGUCCACCUCAUCAAUACUCAGCUCUGGAACAGCAACCAGUGGCAUGCAGGGCACAUCCACAUCCAAAACUUGUGUGCUGGGUACCCACAGGACGGUAACAACACCUGCCAGGCUGACACUGGGGGACCUCUUGUCUGCAAAGAUAACAAUGCUGACUUCUGGUAAGUUUGCUUGACCAGCUGGGGAAUAGGCUGUGCCACAGAAAAGCUGCCUGGAGUCUACAUCUCCACUCAGUCCUUCUGCAGCUGCAUCCUGGUCCAGAUGGGCCAGAGCCCAGCAAUAGCAGCAGCAGCAGCAGCUACUCCAGUGCCAGUGCCUGUCUACAUCUCAACCCCCCUGCAGACACCAAGUCCAAGACCAAUACAGCUGGGCAGGUUUCCCCUGUGUCCAUUUCCAUGUGAGAAGCUGCUGCAGUUUUCUAACCUGCUGCAGGAGGUGUUGCAGUUUCUAAGGGGAAAGGAAAUAUGGCUUGAGCAGCAGGAUGGACAGGCUCCAGUGCAGGCUGCAGUGGACCACAGCUCCUUACUUCUGGGGCAAUGCCUGCUGAUCCAAAGGCAGCCUCAGGGCCAAAACUUGCUCUGUCCUGCCCAUGUCCCUAUCUGCACUCACACAAAUGCUGACAGUGACUUAGAGGUUGUUGAAAUAAAGUUGCCUAUUUUUGUAGUUAACCGUGUUUGCAGUCCCACUCAGUUUCCUGAUGGUUUUUAG